CAAUUAUAUUCGGUAUAGGAAUCAGUGAAAAUCUUGAGCUUAUUUUAUAAAAGUGAUAUAUAAAGAAGCUUAAAAAGAAAAACCUAAAAAUGCCGGAAUUAAUAGAUCAGAUGUAUUGUUCGCAACAGAUUGUCAUCCCUCCGAAGUUUCCCUACGCAUUAAAAAGAUAUUGUAAAGCGGCAAUAAAAACACAACCAUACGAUCUUCUCCGUUGGUCCUUCGAGUAUUUUACAGCGUUGGCAGAGAAUAGACCUCCGCCAGUGAAACUACGACUGGAAUAUCCCAUUUAUAGUACAGAAGGAGGCCUAACUAGGGGGUGUUUAAAGGUUUUAGCUGCACAGCUAAGUCCUUGUAAAUCUCUCCCCCUACCAAUGGUCCGCAAAGCCUGGCGAGGCUUCUGUCUCGAUCCGCUUGAGUUGAAAAGGGUUUUCUGUCUCUGCGAGAUCUAUUUGAGGGAGGAGUUCGUCUCUUUUCUACAUUUUGUUGCUGUUGCAGCUGGGUUACUAACAAAAUCUCUGACACACACAAUGAUCCUUCUGUGCGAGACCCUCACCAAGGAGCCAGACGGUGGAUCAGCAGCUAUUCCGGUGGAAGACUUCCUGACGAUGUACAAGUUCUUGGCUAAUGUUGACGCAUCGAAGGAUGUAAAGUAUUUGAACGGAUACAGAGAAGGAGCAUCUCCAAAGACAGAGGCAACGGUUGAAGAAGAAAUGUUGACCAGCACUAUCUCUGAAACUCCUUCCGUGCUCCUAUCCGAUGAUUAUUGGCAAGACACGACCGAUCUCCAAGAGCUAACAGUGAUAAAUGACCAUCUUCCCCGAACGUCAAGACUAAGUCAACGGUUGAAUAUGCCGGUUUUAGGCAAGAUUGAAAGGUCUCCAUCUAUUGAAAGAGAGGGACAGAUAGAGCGGGAAAAUUAUUUAAGGGAAAGGAAAGGUAGAGCCGCACCGAGUGAAGAAGUCGAAAAAAAACUUCGAGAGUUAAGUGCUUCCAAAAUGGGCUUGGAAGAAAAGAAAGAAGAUAAAAAAGAAGAAAAAGCUGAGAAGAAGAAGGACAAAGUUGAAAUAAUCGUAACUGAUGAAGAGGAUAGAGAAAUACCAUACGAGAUUUACGGAGAAACAAAUACUACGGAAAAUGAUCAAGAGGUAGAAGAAGAAGCAGAAGAAGAAGAAAAAACUCAAACGAGUGAAGAGAAGUUUGACGUUGUAGCAUUCGUUAAUGAACUAUACGAUGAACGUGAAGAAAGACGGGAAGACCUCGAGAGAACGUUUGAGGAAAUAGGCGACAUCAUCGAUAGAUUCAAAUCUGCCAAUUAUGAUCUUGGGAUGGUGGCUGGGCGUCAAAUGUCAACAACGAGUGGAGAGUUCAUUGUGCAACACAUUGAGAGGGAGAUUAUGGAUUACAUUGAUGAGCAGAUCGCUAUUCUACCGGAUCCUGAUUUGAAAAAGAAAAAGGCUAAACCAGAAGAAGUAGCAAUGAUACGAGAAAUCUUGGAGACGUUCCUAGAUGAGAAUAUGGAUGUGAUUGUACCUGAAGUGGAAGAGGUAGAAGAGGAAGAACAGCCAAUACCUGAGGUAACUGUGGUAUACGCAGUUCCAGGUAUAGGUCCCGUAGUUCCAGAAGAAUUAACGGUGGACUUUGAAAAUUACAUCCUAGAAGUUAGCAAGGUGCAGGCAGAUGUCGUUAUGCCCAGGAAUAUACGACACUUUAUGUGCCCUCCUCUGGAAAAGUAUGAAGAAUAUAAUUAUGAAACACCGAAGAAGGAGGAAGUGCCCAUGGGUGGUGUAUAUACAGAUUAAAAAAACUUCUAUAUCAUAAACACUCUUGUCACUUUAGUAGUCUUAGUAAUAUGUCAGAUUCUAUCUUCUACUUGUCUCUGUAGUUUAGUACCUCCGUUGUAACGCAAAGUAGGAAUUGUAAUUAAAUCAUAACUUAUUUUCAUAAUUUGAGCGUUAAAAGCCUUAGUUGACCAGUAAGAUUACUUCUCCCCGUAUUCAAUAAACAUGUCUAAUUGCACAAUUUAUAUUAAAGUACUCAUUUGUAUUUUUUCAUCACAGCGUAAACAAAUUAAU